AUGGAAUAUCGUAAGAUAUCAAUACAAGGAAUUCAGAAACUUCAGGAAUGCAUGCUGGUUGAUGUUAAAGAAGCCGAAUGGAAGGAAAUCGGAAAUAAGAUGUUUCGAGAUGGCAAGGUUUUGGAAAAAGAAUGGAAGGAAAUGUGUGAAGAAUUGAAUGAAGAAAUGGAUGCUGGACGGUCAUUGGAAGAAGCUCUUGAUGUUGUGGCUCCAAAAUGUGAACGAGUGUCGGCUUCGCAAAUUGCGACUUUUAUUGAUAUUGCUUUGAACCUUUGCUUCGUCUAUUGGCUCGUUUGUUGCGAAGUCUUCCAAAAGCAAAUGAGUCACAAAUCAUUCGACAAACCACACUUUGUCAACUAUGAUCUAAAUGAGGCG